CUCAGGAAUCAGGCUGACUCAGCCCCUCCGUUCGGGCUCUUUCGUCAGGUCCUCGCUCCAAGACGAUUCGAUUACCGGCAAGCUUGACUUGCAGCGUAUCGCAGUUUGCAAGCAGGACGACUAGCUCUCGCUCGGACUCUUCUUACGAUAGCCCCCAAUUCACAUACCUUCUAUUCAACUCACUCCGAAAAUACCUCAGACGUACAUCAAAUCUAUCAGAUCAACGACAUGACCCAGCCCGCAGCUGGCAAGGCCACUGCUGGCGUGCUUCAAAUUCCAGUGGCAGCCACACAAAAGUCCUCUUCAACGCCUGCAAAGAAGGCUCCUAAGCCUCCUGCUCCACGACUGAAGCUACUGAUUCGUCGCUUGCCCCCGGGGCUGACCCAAGCUGAGCUCGAAAGUGCGCUGGGAGCUGAAUGGAAACUGGGUGCGGGCAAGGUUGACUGGCUUCAGUACAAGCCCGGCAAGGUUUCAAAAGACCCCGCGAAGCCCUCCCGUCCCUCUCGAGCCUACAUUCAUGUAGUUUCCAGUGAACACGUUAGCCCACUCUCAGAUCAAGUACGCCAGUCCUCAUUUCUAGAUGCGAGUCACACCUCGAAUGACCCAGUGCUUCUGGGCCCUCCUACGCUAGAGUUUGCGCCGUACGCAAAAACCCCCGGCAGUCGCGUGCGCAAAGAUGCCCGUCAGGGUACCAUUGACCAGGAUCCGGAGUUCAUUGCGUUCCUUGAGAGCCUGACACAACCAAUUACCAAGCCUGCCACCGUGGACGCAAUCGAACCCGACGAGAAGAAGGCCGCGGUGGUAACUACCCCGCUGGUGCAGUUUAUCAAGGACAAAAAGGCGAGCAAGGCAAAGGAGACUGCGGCUUCCAGAUCUUCUAAGCGAUCAGAGAAAGAGUCCAAGCAGGAGAAGGUACAGGCGAAGAAGCUUCUACAACGACCAGAAAAGAAACUCGCGCCCGGUCCUUCCUCGGACGAGAAGCCAAAGGGGGAGAGGGGGGGCAAGGAGUCUGGCAAGGCAGCCAAGGCAGCGGCCGGUACAUCUACAAAGAGAGACAAAGCGGGUGCCUCGAGUACUACAAAGGAGAACACGUCUACUGCCGCGUCUGAGCGGAAGAGGGAACGAGGGAAUGUUGCGGCGGCGGCCAAGAUCCUCCAGCGAGAUCUGGGACUGUCACAAGCUCCAGCCCGACGACGGGGGAAGGCUGGAGCCAACGACACGGCCUCUACUAAGAACGAGAGCUCUCGAGAGUCAUCAGUCCCGGCGUCCGAAGGCAGCAAGAAGGAGGCUCCAUCCAAGCCCGCCAAGAGUGCUGCUAGCUCCACGAAAGCCAAGGAUCGAGAGGGGGGUGUAUCACCGUCUUCCCGAGCCUCUGGCACCGCGACCCCGCCGGCGAACUCGACUACCCCAUCAACGAAAUCGGCCAAGGGCGCCAAAGCCAAGGCGGCCGCGAACCCGACACCCACCGCAACCCAGGCCUUCCUCAAGCACGCUAAUGCAUCUCAAGGUGUGACCGAGGCCCUAUUGGAGGCAGCCUUCUCACCGUUCGGUACGGUGACCAAGGUGGAGAUUGACAAGAAGAAGGGCUUUGGGUACGUGGACUUUGCAGAGCCGGAGGGACUGCAGAAAGCCAUGGCCGCCAGCCCCGUCUCCGUAGCGCAGAGUCAGGUCGUGGUCCUUGAGCGCAAGGCCAACCCUGGCGGUGAAAAGCCACGCAAGGGAGGAGGCAGCGGUGGUGGUCGGGGAGACACGACUCAGCAGGGCAAGGGCGAGAAGGCGAAGGCGAGUGCAAGCGCCAACGACGGGAACAGCGGGAAUGGCGGAGGCGGCGCCGGAGGAGGAGGAUCAUCUCGGGGCUCACGAGGAGGACGUGGAUCUCGAAACAAGGGUGCUAAAGGAGGUGAUGGAUCGAAGGGAGGGUCGAGCAGUGGCACGGGUGCUGGUGCUGGUGCUGGUGCUGGUGCAUCGGCAGAGAAGAGCGGAGGUCCGGAGGCGAAGUGAUGAGAUGGGACAUAGACACUGGAUACCGGGCAUUUUGUAGCAGCUUCGGGCUUAACGAGAGCAUGAUACCCUCCCAUACAGUAGCUUUCGAAAUCAGUUCGACCUCACACUCUUCGGACUUGAUUCCCGGAAAAUAAAUCCUUGAUAUGCAAGACCUGAUUGGUUGCUUUUUUGGGAACAUUGAUUAAGAC